ACAAACUGCACGCGCCAACCAUACACUUUUUGAAGAUAGUUAUUUGUAUUAUUAACUUUGCAACCUCUACGUCUUAAAUAACUAUCUUGGACGUAAAGAGGCCAGUGAUGACUUCAAGCAACAACUCUUCAGUUCUUAAAGAUGUUGUUGCAUAUGUUGAUGUGUGGUCGUCUGAUAAGAGAGCAAACUAUUCAAAACCUUUUGUUCAGCAGCUGGAAGAAAUGGGAGCUGAGGUGUCACAAAGAUUUAAUAAACGAGUCACACAUGUAGUGUUCUCCAAUGGUCAUUCUGCUACAUGGAGGAAAGCUAAGAAAGGAGAUGUACACCUUGUGUCUCUUCUUUGGGUAAAAAGUUGCUACAGUAACGGUGUCCAAGCAGACGAGGCGUUAUUUCCAGCCUUAAAUGAUGAAAGCAAUCCUGUGAUGAAAAAUAGAAAACAUCGUUGCAUGUUACCAAAAGAUUCUCCAGAACGAACGACUGAGAAUGAUUGGCGAAUGAGGAAAAAGUUGGACAAAAUGCUGAAAAAAUUACCUCCAAAGGAACCUUUGGUUGCAGAUGUGUCACCAAUCAUUAUAGAUGAGGAGAAUGGAAUAAUCUACAGCCCUGGAUUAAAAAGGUCCGACUACAUGGCACAGCGCUUAAAAGACAUGAAAGACAAACACGAAAACAUUUCACCUACAGCCUCUCAGAUGUCAGGAUCUUGUUCACCCACCGGGCUGAAGCCUUCCCUUGGAAGUACACCUUCCAUCUUCAAAUUUCAGUUAAAUGACCAGUCAGAUGAUGAUUCCAGUGCUUCUGUUGCUAAGAAUGGAUGCUCAUCUGAUAAAGUCGAAGGGAAGUUGGAUUUUGAUGUUAAAGAUGAUCAUCUUGAACAAGAUUCUGUGAAGCCGUGGCUCURGCCUUACCGCGAUGUCCCAAAACAAAUUCCAGGUAUGACGUACAGUCCUACCUUUGACAUCCGAGAGGAUAAAGAGGGAAACAAACAAACAACACCAGGAAAGACUUCAGCGAGGAAAAAAGUAGCAGAGACACUCAAAUUUGGAGACAGUUUGGAGAGUCGAAUCCAGGACACACCUGAUAAAAGCAAGAGUUUUCUGAAAGAAAAAAGGCAGACACCAAUGAGGUCAUCUGGUAUAUCUGAAAAUAGGAAGCAGAAAACUCCUGCAAAUAAAUCUUUUACAGAGAGUAAAUCCCACCAAUCUCCUAAAGCUGUGAAUUCUUCAAGCUGUCUUUUAUCUUCAAACACAUUAGUUGAUUCAGCAGCUGAAAACGCAAAAGAAUCAGAGCCGAAAGCACACAAAAAAGCUAGACUGUCACUUUCUACCUUGGUGCGAUCUUUUGCUCUAUCCAGUGAACACAAAAAUGUUGCCUCAAGUUCCACUAAUGCAGAUAAUGAUGAUGUGUUUGAAGACUAUUUCUCCCGUGCAAAUCACAAAAGGCCUGUUUUGCCCAAUCUAUCUGAGGAAAGCAACAUUGAGAUUCCUUUUGAGCUGGACUCUGUCGCACAAAAGAGGAAACAAAGACGAAGUGAUAGCUCAGUCGCUUACAGUAAAAAGCUGAAAACGGUAGAAAGUCAUAAUGGGAAAAAACUCAAUCAGUGGUCUGAUAAAGAGAGUGAGUGUCCUGGAAAACAAGAUGGAAAAACAUCUCUUUCAGCAUCUGAUUGUUCAAGUGUUCAUGUAACAGCUAAGACUAAAAGGCGGCGACAAAGCACUCUGGGAUUUACAAGCACCAGUGAUACAAGAAAAUGUAGCUCAGCGUCUACAUCGGGACAGCCAUCGCCACAAAUGGAGGACAUGCCGGAACUGGAACAGCAAGAAAUCUCUGAUUUCACUUCCUCUUCUCACACUGUGGAAAGUGGAGAAAAUGAAUGUUUGGUUGCAGCUGCUUUCACAGAGACCCCCUCCGAGGCUGAGGGAAAUCACAAUAAGCCUGACAGCUCCAGUCUUCAGAAAAUGGUAACCGAAACAAAGGCAAUGAGAACACUAGUCAUGACAAGCAUGCCUACUGAGAAGCAGCACACUGUGGUUCAGGUGGUGAAAGCACUGGGUGGUUUUUCAAUUGUCGACCGAGUGUGUGAGAGCACGACUCACGUAGUGUCUGGGGGACACAGACGGACUCUCAACAUCCUGCUGGGCAUAGCACGUGGCUGCUGGAUUCUGUCCUUUGAAUGGAUUCUCUGGUGUUUGGAGCAAAGGCAGUGGAUUCCAGAGGAACCAUUUGAACUUUCAGACCCUUUUCCUGCAGCACAGAUCUGUCGUCUUCAGAGGCACCUGUCUGCAGGAGAGCACCAGCAGGACCUGUUCCAAACACAGCCAGCCAUGUUCGUAUCACAGCUCUCCCAGCCACCCGCUCAGAGUCUGAUGGAGCUGAUCGAGCUGUGCGGAGGAACAAUUUGUAAAACCGUGCGGCAGGCAGGCGUCUGCAUAGGGAAGUACAACGGCAGGAGACCAGAGGGAUGCAGGAUGCUGUCGGAGCAGUGGAUUCUGGAUAGCAUCACCAAUCUGAAGAUACGGCCAUAUAAUGACUACAACUUGGAGUAACGAGUGGUGUUUAUUCUGUCUGUAAAGUUCAGUAUUAUCAGUUUUGUGCUGGGCUUCGGCGUUCACUUUAACCAAGAAGUGUUUCUCUUUACUGGUUUAUCAAAUGUCCUCAGAGAUUUGUAUAAAUCUCUUUUGUUUCAGACAUUUUGUUAAAGGUUUUCCAAUAACAUUCAGCUACUGCUCAAGAUUCUCAUUAACUAUUCAGUGGUAUGUAUUAGGAUGAAGCAUGAAAUGCUACAUCUUGGCCAUUUAUUAUUUGUAUGUGUUUACAUGAGAUGGCAACCACUACUGUGACAGUUUUGUAUUUUUAAUAAUGAGAUUUUAGAAAUAGUUUCUGAGCCAGAAUAUGACUUCGAUGAUCAGUAAAGUCUGUGGUUUUAUAUGAUAAUUUUGUCAUUUUAUAAUAAAUGCUGUUUUAAAUGUA